AUGCCCGAAGAAACCAGAUACUUCACCUUGAGCGGCAACGUCCCCAACGGCGGUGUCCCUCCAGGCAGAACGUUGGCUUCGCUAGCGAACCCUCCAUCCGGACCCGACCCCGCCCACCACCCCUUCCGCAACGGCCACGGUCCCCCACCUCCCUACUCCGGACCGCCAGACAACGCCCACUCCCCCCAACGAGCCCGCCCCCCACGAACGCUGAGCCCCCAUCCAGGCACCGGCGGCGGCGGGCCCGCCCCGUACCAUCCAACCCUGCACCCGGGUCCUCCCCCCCCGGCCCCGCGCGCCCCCGCCCCGCCCGCCCCACCGUACGAGCCACCGGGCCAGUACCUGGACGGCCACCCGCUCCACGGCGGCGACGGCUGGUCCUACCUCGCCCCCGGCGAGCACACGACCAUCCACUUCGUCGGCGACGGCACCCGCCCCUGCGACCACCCCCGCCCGCGCCCCUUCGCCUUCACGAGGCACAAGGUCCCCUCCCGCACCAGCGUCCGGGACCUCAUCCGCGCCCUCGGCGCGCCGCCGGGGGACGGGGUCGGCGUCACCGAGAUGCUGGAGCUGGGCGACGGGAGGUUCGCGGCCGGGUUGACGGUCACGCAGGGGGGGGCGGAUGCGGGGAGGUCGUUGGGGGAGGUCGGGUGGACGCAGGGGAGGAGUGAGGGGAAGCCGAUUUGGAUCGUGGUUAUGGUGUAG